AUGUCGCAUCUGAAAGUGCUAACGGUGGGUGAUAAUCCUAAUGUGCUCUUGUAUACGUGGAGGUUGCGGCAGGCGAGGGCGGUGGACCUCUACCACGUGAGCGGUCACAAGGUUGGUCAGAAGUUCCAUGUUAGUACCAGUCUUUAUGGUAGUGAUUACUUUCUAAUUCAGAACCAAUUUGAAUCGCUGGAGUCAUUGAAGGAGAGUGGGGGUGGGCGUGUACCUUUUGAUCUGGUGAUUUUAAGUGCGACAUCGCUGCAGGAGAUUUCGUCGCUGGCGUAUCAGCUGAACCCUAUGCUGAAGCAGGAUACCAGAAUCUUCAUUGAAAGCUCGGGUUUUGUAAACUUGGAACCUUUUGUAAAAAUGUCGAUUGAUUUUGGCGACCUCAAGGUGUUUUCAAUCAUGACGGAUUACGACUUUAGGAACACAGGGCAGAAUACCUUUGAGCAAUUCAACUCCGGCAAGAAGCAAACUAUAUAUCUGGGCGAGUCGGGGACCAAGGGGAAGAUAAGUACCCAGAAAUACCCCAAGGAUGUGUUGUCAAUUCUAUCCAAGUUCCAGUCGCUUUUCCAGAAAAUAUUUCCUCAAGAUGUCGUUGAUUUAUGCAACUCAUCGUAUCUUGAUUUUCUUUCCCAGCAGUGGAAAAUUGCAAUACCCCAAAUAUGCUUUGAUCCUUUAUUAAUUUUGAUGGAGGAAUUGAAGCCUCCGCAGCUGCAUGAACAGAUCCUCGCGAAGCCUUUGAUUUCCGGUUUUGUCACGGAGAUUAUCACGAUAUCGCGCACCAUGGGGGCCAAGUUGGCACAACCGUACGACAGUGAAAGUGAGCUUUUCAGCCACUGGGUGGAAAUGAACCACUCGGACGCUCCACGACUGGUGUAUCAUUUCAUUAAUAGAACUACACCUUUAGAUAUUGACAUGCUGUUACUACAACCGAUUUUAAUAGCAGAUGACCACGGUAUAAAGACCCCAUACCUCGAAUUCCUGUACUCGAUGAUGUGCCAAUUCCAAAAGAUUAAUAAUGGUGAAUCUCAGUGGUUCACCAGGACAGACGUAAAUGACGAUCUAAGGUCAAACCUUCAAGCUUUGUCAGCCGACAGGAACACGUUAGCUGUAGAGGUUCAGGACCUGAAGGAGUAUAUAACGAAGAGAGAAAAAAUGUGGGCGGAGGAGCGUAAGGGUCAUGAACAGUAUCAUUUAAGUCAGUUGAGUGAAAUCAAGAUGGAGUUGUCUAAGUUGAAGGAUGAUGUUGCAAUGGAGAGACACAAGAAUACUGCACUAACGGCGCAGAUAAAUCAGCUGAAACAUGAGCAGAACUAUGUUCACAGCUAUAUGCCGAUGCCUCCUCAGAUGCCCGCUCCUCCUUCACAAAGAGCGAUGCCUUCAAAGAUGGCGCCGCCGUCUGCCAAUGGCAGCUCGUCUCAAACAUUCAAUGAACAAGCAAAUAGCGACAGCCAUGAUGAUGACAGUUCUUCUGGUACGCCAGAUAUGAAAGAUAUCGCAGAGUUCGCCUGUUAUGGCAUAAGAUACAAUGACACACCGGAAAAAAAGAGUGGCAGUUUUUCACCCACUAGCAGCCAUGGGCUUGAGUCGGCGACCAAUGGAGAUACUAUGUAUCAGCCAGUGCAGUCAUCUUCUAAUUCUAUACGUGAACGUGAUAUUGACAUGCGGAGGCAAGAUGGAUCUAGAAGAGUCAAUAGCCAUAGUGGACAUCCUCCUCCUAAACCAUUACAGAUGCCGCAUCAAAGGCCUUCCAAACCACAGAUGUAUCCUCAACCCUCGCAUGGCAUGAACGCAGCAAGAAACAUGGUAAACCACAACAGGCAGAUGCAUAACAGCAUUUCCCGCAAUAACAGUUUGGUGGAUCCAUAUCCACCGCAAUUGGGGCAGCCCAUUCACCCUCAUCCACAAACAUUUAAAAAAACGGAUAGAAAGAAUAGACAAAGCUACAUGCCUAGUCUGAGAAACGCCUCCAGUACGGGCUUGGACGAUUUCUCUGUUCCACAGGGUAUCUCAAGAAUGGGAAAUCAGAUGUUUCCAUCCCGUGCAUUUUCGAACCCACAGCAACGAAUGGCGUUACAAAACCCUGUGAUGUAUCCAGCAAAGAUACCUAAUAUGAACGGAAACCCCGCGCCCCAGCAUUCAGUGCAACGGCAACUUAGCACUGCCAAUACAUUCUGUGACGGAAGUUCUAUGAACACAAUUGUGCGCCAAGCGUUACCACAACAAAAAAAAGAACACGUCCAACUAACUACUUCACAGGGUAACUCGCCCCCAAGAUCUGCACAGUCCUCCAUAUAUGGAAACUCCAUUUCUGUGAAUUCCAUAGCCGCCGUAAAUACUGCUAACGGCUACGACCAUCAUAACGGAGUCCAUACUUCUUCCCUCCAAGUACCCCAAAUGAACGGCUCGUCUACUCCUCGUUCAUCUACUACUGGAAGUGCUUCAAGCAACCAUUCGACUACUCCAGGUGUAGAUACGAGCCAACCGAACCUGGAAAAAAUCGACUGGAAGCAAACCCCACCAAGCAGCGACGGCAGUGUGGGCGACAGAAAGUCCAAAUUUGGUUUCUUUGCUAGGAAAAACAAGGAUAAGAAAUAA